AUGGAGCUCACUCAAGUUACCCCUGCAGAGAUCCUCUUCAAAGAAAAGCUUUCCAUGUCUGAGUUCUCUGCGAUUUUCCUUGUCGUCGUACGAGAGCAGCUUUGUGUAAUGAAGGUCCACCACGGACGAGGCCCUCGAGAGUACUACGAGCCAGUCAACCGUGAACUGGACAUCCACGUACGGGAAUACACAGCCUACUGUCGCCUCAAGAACAAGGGACUGUGCGGAUGUGUGGUGCCGAACCUAUUGGGAAGACUGAGGAAAUUCGAUCCCAAGCUCUGCAGGCCUCAUCUGGAUACCUUCAUUAGCGACAAAUAUCUGCCCAGUGCUCUGCUAUUACAGUAUAUUCCACAUAUGGAAAUGAUCCACUUACAUAACUUCUCGGAGAAUCGGAUGGAUAACCUGAUCAUGGGUAUUCAGGCCAUCCAUCAGGCCCUUGUUCGGCACCGAGAUCCGAAGCCAAGAAACAUGAUGGUCCUCAAGAAUGAUCCGGGAAGGGUGAUGUGGAUUGAUUUUGACCGUGCAGAAACUUACGAUGAAGAUACUAUCACGGAGAGACAGGAGGAAUUACUGGCGGAAGAGGAAGAUAUCGUUAGAGAGCUUAAAGAGUGCCUUCAGGCGGACUGCCUUGGUGGUGAGCUCAAAGAGUCAUAUCUCUUUUAUUGUUGA